AUGAGUUUUGUACAGGAAGCUUAUUUUUACCCUAAUACUUCGUUCCCUUCGGACUCUUUACCUAGUGGCAAUUCCCAACCGGAAUCGCUGCUGUAUGACGAUUCAAUUAAACUUGAAUGUCCGAUCUGUAAUGAAGCUAUGAUUUCUCUUGCUCAACUUAAUCAACAUUUGGAUGACGUCCAUAGCGAAGAAUCUAACGCAAAGAAGGACGUCAUUUUAAAUUGGUUCAAGAAUGCCCAAAGUACUAUUAUGAAGCCGCUAUCAAAAGCAAAACUUGCAAGUCUGCCCAAUCAGUUAUCUCACACUGUGACGCAAACCGUGAUCAACAAACUGAGCGAAAUAGACGCACUUGACGAAGGUUCUGAACUAGUGACUAGAAGUCAUUGGCAAAGAGAGAGUGAGAACGAUCAGUGUUCACAUUCUAACUGUGGGAAAACUGUGAAUUUAAGAAAUGGCAAAUACAAUUGUCGCAAGUGCGGGAAAUUGUUCUGUGAGGCUCACUGUCACUUACAAAUGAAGCUUAGUCGCCAGGCAUUGCAUGAUCCGGUAAAUGGUUACUGGUCGCGUGUUUGCAACAACUGCUACAAAUCUCGAGAGGGUUAUUUGGAUGAUCAAGGCGUCGUGUCCUCUCGUACCGAAGAGUUCAAACAGAACCGCGUUUUAUGCACUGAGAAAGCUCAUCUUGAAGGAAACAGGCUCGAGAAACGGCUAGAAAAGCUUGCAAAAGUUUACGCGACGAAAAUAAAGACGGGUAACUCGGCACAAGGUGGAUUGGCACCACCACUUACUCUAAAACACCGUCGAAGAGCUUCGGAGCAGUCUAUAGUCAAAUGGGAAGAUGACGCUUCAAACCAAGAUGCUAAAAGAAAUGACUUGAUAGUUCUCCUUUCGGAAAGAUUACGAACCGUAAGCACCACUGUCGUUUAUGCGGACGCAUCAUCGACGAGAAAUGUUCUUCGAAAGUCUCACUACAUACGAGCGAUUAUGCAGAAAACGAUGAACAAGAUACUGUUGGCCAAGUACGCGUCUGCAAAGAAUGUCGAAAUGCAACGAAGGGAAUACAUUGAGGAAGUCUCCAAAACUCCCCAAAUUGUUAUGUUCUAUCAGAAAUUAACCAAGGUUCGAAGCGCCAUCGAUCAGACAUUACCCAAAUUCCAAGAAAUGCUCGUCAUGUUAAAGAGUCAAGAGAUAGUUAAUCAGACACAUGCAGACUAUCAAGUUGCUGCUCGCACGCGCAAAGAGCUCCUAGAAUACUUUACUCAAUUUGAUGCAAUUAGCAAGAAAAUAAAUUCACUGGCUACCAAUAGUGAAACUCAACGACGCCUUCAUUCUAAUAUAUAUCUUGCUGCUAAUCAGUAUCUUCAACAGGUGAUGCUGCCGUUAUCUGCGUUACCAAAGAUAUUCAAAAAAGACCUGCAAGACCAACAUUCACCACAGCAACCACAGCAACAAGCACAGCAGCAACAGAAAAGUUUGCCAAUCAAUAAAGUGCAAGGCGAUGAGGAGACCGACUCUGCCGGUGAUAUUCUUGCUGCUAUUGCCACGCGACGUAAUCGAUCUCUAUCUGUUUCGUCUUCCAAAUCGACUAGAUCUACAAAGUCAGCCAAAGGUGAAAAGUUGAGACAGCAGUUGGGCGUACUCGAAGAACAGGAAAAACUUGUUGAAGAAUACAUCUCCAAGGCAACGCGAAAGAGGAAGAUUGAAGAUGUACAGACAUUGAAGGCAUCGUUGGAUGAAUUGAGACAAGAAAUUGAUAUAAAAAAGCAGCAACUGGUCGAGCUCUCGUGA